AUGCUAAUUCUUGGUAGGUGUGAGCCAAGAUUUCCUUUCCCUAAAUGGAGCUGCCCUUCUGUGUGCAGCUGUCCAGGACAGAUAUGCUCCGUUACUCUGCCCUUUUUAAAAAUAGCCCCAGCUAGUGUGUCAUCUGAGCACUGUUCUGGGGAAAUGUCUGUGCCCUGCCAGCCAUUUAUGUGUUUUCAUCAUAUCCAUGGUACAAAUGUACGCAUCGACCCAUCAGGUACCCAAGCUACCAGGGUAGAGAGUUUUGCUAAUGGCAUCUGCUUUAGUCGGGAGCCCCUGGAACCUGGGCAGAUAUUUUUGGUGGAGAUUGAGGAAAAGGAGCUGGGAUGGUGUGGUCACCUAAGAGUAGGUCUGAUGGCCAGGGAUCCUAGAAGUCUGGAUAUUGUACCAGAAUAUUCUCUGCCAGACCUGGUUAAUAUGGGCGACAGCUGGGUCUUUGCUAUUACUCGAAACCACAACAGAGUGCUUGCCGAUGGUGAAGAAAACAGCAAAUCAGGAGUGGUAAGCGGGUUCUUAUCAGACCCCUACCUAAAGGUUGGAAAGUUUAAAAUCCCUCGUGACAAACUUGUGGCGCGAAGUAGGCCAGGGCGUUUCAGCCACAUCUUGGAUGAACUUUACAAGUCCAAUAUUCUACCACCAACGUCAAGAAGAAGUAGGAUAGGGGUGUUGUACGAACCCCAGUCAGAUGGAACCCACAACAUGCACAUCAUCAUCAAUGGAGAAGACAUGGGAGCCAGCGCACGUGGGAUAUCUGCGGAGAAGCCCCUUUAUGCUGUUGUUGAUGUCUUUGCCUCCACGAAGAGUGUCCGUGUUAUCCAGUUAGAAUAUGGAUUUCCUUCAUUGCAGACCCUGUGUCGUCUCAUCAUCCAGAAGCAUGUGGUGCACAGAUUAGCUAUAGACUGGUUGGACCUGCCGCAGCUGCUGAAGAAUUUCUGCAAAUAUGAAUGAAAAAGAAAACAUAGUCAAGGGAUUUCUGGGGACUCUACCAGGACAUGUUGUACUGUAUUCUGUAUGUCCAGUUACAAUUAAAGAAACAUGAUAUUGA